AACUGUUUUGCGUAAAGUAACGUAUAUGUCAUCCCCUAAACCUUUUCGAAGUCGGCAGUUUUUUGAAGCGAAUUCACGUGGAGCGAUGAUUUUUCGGCUUUUCACCUCGUAUCUCGGUUGUCGUCGGACGAAAGACGUAGUGCAAGCUACUUCAUUGGCUCUUGGUAUGGAUGAAUCACAUUACUCCCCCAAUUUCCCCCGCUGUGGGCAUUCAGAAUCUUGAACAAUCCACCCACUAUUUUUUCCCGCCAAUGACCAGCUCUGGUGCCGCGACGCCCGCUACAGUGGCCUUGAAUUCGACGACAGAUGUGCGUCAGUCCAGCAUCGUAGAGGGUGACGACCAGUCUGUCGCUGCCCCAGUGGUCGAAGAGGAUGUUUUGGAUAUCGAGCAUCUCCCGGUCCAAGAUGAUCCACGAAAGUGGUCAUCCAUGCGCAAGAAAUUUGUCCUCGGAGUGAUCUGUUCAGGCUCGAUGAUCGCCGGAUUCGGAGCCAACAUACAAAAUCCUGCGAUCGAGGAUAUGGAAAGAGACCUCCCUGCAACGAGUGGGCAAAUUAGCUUGAGCAUUUCCUUGUUCAUUGCCUUGCAAGGAGUCACACCCUUGCUUUGGAGUUCUAUCAGCGAAGUGAAAGGCCGCCGGUUCGUCUACCUGAUUUCGCUCCUGAUAUUCACCGCCGGUUCAAUCGUCGUGGCUACCAGCAAGACGAUAGGCUUGGUGAUAGGAAUGCGAUGCCUGCAGGCUUUAGGCUCAAGCGCUGUGAUGACUAUCGGCGCGGCUAGUCUUGCAGACAUUUUCGAUCCUCAGGAAAGAGGAACAAAGAUGGGUAUAUACUAUAUUUCUCCUCUUCUCGGUCCAUCUCUAGGACCAGUAUUUGGUGGAGUCCUCACUACAGGAUUUAAUUGGCGUGGCCCCUUCUGGUUCCUCGCCAUCCUUGCCGGGUCUAGUUUUUUGUGCUUCUUGUUCUUUUUCAAAGACACGUACAGGAAAGAGCGAAGUUACGCAUACCAAAAUAUCUUGAAACGGCAUUUGAAGGAGCAAGCACAGCGAUUGAAAAACGAAGAAAAGCAGCGGGCCAAGGAAGCUGAAACUCUGGAGAAACCAACCGAUACGAAGGAGACGAGGGAGGACGGAAAUGUCAAGACCGAUGUUGACCUGGAAAAACAGGAAACUAGUAAUCCUAACGCCGGCGCUUUGACCCCGGAAGCUCUACCAACAAUAACGCUCUCUUUGAGGGAUGUCAACCCGGUCCAUCCGUUAUGGCUCGUUCUUCGACGCCGGAACAAUCUUCUCAUGCUAUUCUCCUCCGGUAUUCUAUUCUCAUACUGCUUCAUAGUCGUAUACACAACAUCUCGAACUCUCGGGAGCGCUUACGGUUACGAUGCGCUUACGAUAGGAUUCAUCUUACUGUCGUUCGGACUGGGAUCGAUGGCGGGGAGCAUACUAGGAGGUCGUUUCUCGGACCGUGAAUUAGCAAGGCUCAGGCGAAAGAAUGGAGGCAAAAGUUACCCGGAGAUGCGCUUGAGGAGCACAGUAUAUAGCAUCUGGCUCUUCCCUAUGUCGGUCAUAGGGCUUGCGUGGGUAUGUCAACAGCGCGUGCAUGUUUCUGCGAUAUGCGUUAUGCUAUUCGUUUCGGGUUUCUUCGCAAUCUCUGCUUAUGCCAGCGAAUUGGCUUAUAUCGUUGAUGCAAAUGUGGGUCGCUCUUCCAGUGCUGUAGCGCUAAACAGUUCCUUUCGUGGAAUGGCGGCAUUUAUUGGUACGGAGAUCGCAGUACCUGUGCAGGAUAAGCUUGGCGAUGGCUGGAUGUAUACAAUCUUUGCCCUAAUUCUGUUGCUCAGUGGACUAUUGGUUUGCUGGUAAUAAAAAAGGGCGAGGAAUGGAGAGUUCAAGGAGAAGUGAGUGAAGACGGUAGCAAAUAAUAGAACUUAGGAUGGCCUCUAUUGGAAGCUGUUAAUUGACCCUAGAUCCUGUAGACCAGCAAUAUGUAUUCCACAAAGUCUAUGUCCUGAUUUUUCUGCUUUCUCUAAAUGUCAGCGGCCCGGAAG